AUGACAGCAAGUGGCAUUAAGAAAAUCAUUCAUUGCGUAUGUCCAUUGAGUACGGAUGGCAUUCCCAUCCCAUUCUCAACAUACGCAUCGGACGAUAGGCUACCAUCUUCACCACCUACAACGCCAAAUCACUUCUCAGCCAAGACACAGACAGUACCAUUAAAUGUAUAUUCACCAUCAAAAGAGCUGUUUAAUGUGCGCUCCAGAGCAUCGUGGUACAUGAUUCACGCAGCUGCCUCGCUAUCACUUGCUGGAUACGAACAAUCCAUCUGCAUCGACUCUCGGCCUUCUAAGCAUGCUUCCGUUGAUAAAGAUCUAUACGCAUUUGUCGUGAAUGUGCUUGACCCAUUAUUUCAAGUGUCGCCUGCGUCGCCAUCAAACUGUGAUAAAACCAUGGCCGGCAUGUGGAAGAAUUAUAGCAGUGUCAACAUGGCCUAUGCAGAGGCUGUAGCAGCUAGGUAUCAUACAGGCGAUAUAGUUUGGAUUCAUGAUUAUCAAUUGCUUAUGGUGCCUCACUAUCUUGGCCAAAUCUUGCCAAAUGCCAAAAUUGGCAUGUCCAUCUACGCUAAUUUUCCCUAUUGUGAGCAUCUUGCAGCUAUUUACGAAUGCAAAUCCAUGCUGGAAUCCAUUUUACUAGCAGAUCACAUUGGUUUUCAGACCAAACUAGAUACCCGCCAUUUCGCUACAGCAUGCACCAGACUCUUACACAUGGAGUGUUCUUCCUCAUCCAAGCACGUAGGUGUAUUUCCUAGUGGUGUUGACAAUCGAUUACUUCUCAAAUCUUCUGUUUUGGAGCGUGCAAAGGAGAUCAGAGAUCUCUUUCCCCACAAACAAAUUAUCUUUUGCCGCGAUACACAUGUGGCAAAUGUGAUUAGAACAUUAGCUGCAUUCUCCCAGCUAUUCUCCAAAGACCGUUAUUUGAUGAAUCACCUCGUUCUCAUUCAUCUGUGUUCUACUCGUGUCCCCGCAAGUGAUUUGAAAGCCAUUCCUGAAAUCGUGCGCCAGAUCAAUCAGCUGUACGGCAAUACUGAUUUUGUGCCUGUUCAUUUCUAUCAUCAAGAACUAGAUAGAGAGGAGCGAGAAGCAUUGAUGGCUGCUGCUGAUCUGGGCCUCUUUUUGGGCUCCCAUUCCUCCACACUGACCUCUGCCAGGGAAUUUGUUUUAUCUCAGCAUGAACGCCAUGCUCCACUCAUUAUGUCUAAAGAUUCAUCGCUCGUCAUACCAAAUGGCAUUAUCACUGCUGUCGAGGACCCAUCCGACAUACCCGCUUUAGUCACUGCUCUUCACGAUACACUGACCAUGCGUUCCAUUGAUUCUGAAAAGCGUUAUGAAUCAUUGUACCGAUUUGUGCUUGAGAAUGACGCUACCACUUGCGCGCAUCGCUUUAUUCAAACUCUGGUGGAUCAUGAAACUCUUCCUCUGUAUACCCAGCAGCUUAUUGAAGCCUAUGAAGCUGCUUCUGGAAAGAAACUUGUUAUUAUCUGUGAUAGCGACAACCUGACCACGCCAGCUGAAGAUGUCGAGUCGGCAAAUCCCGCUGUCCAGAAGCUUUUGCCUUAUAUUGAGACCCUCAGUCAGGACACCAUGAACUCUGUAUACGUUGUAUCUGGAAAAACAGAAGCAGAGCUUGAUUUAUGGUCAAAAGAAAAUCCUCACUCCUUUGGUCUUAGUGCAGAGUAUGGUGCAUUUGUUCGACAGCCAUCUGAUGCUUCAUGGAAAACUACAUCUAUCUCAUUCACGACAGACAAGAAAUUUACAGACUGGAAAAAAUUGAUCAUCAAACUAUUCCAAAAAUACGUUCAGAAACUGUUGGGCUCUUGUAUCGUUGAUAUCAAAACCAUGAUUACUCUUGAUUUCAGCAAAUCAUUCAAUUCUGACAGAGUGUCGUACUACUCAAAAAUAUGCAAUGAAGAGCUAGUGAAUUUGGUCAACAUCGCAGCUACACAUGGCCAACAACUAAAGAUAUUCAAGUCAAAAGCUAGAAUUCAAGUGCAAAAAUGUUCUUCCUUUUAUUCUUCGGGAGGCUAUUCCACUUUAAUUGAAACUUUGCUUGAAACAAUACGACCCAACUUUGUGCUAUGUAUAGGUAAUGCCAACGACCAGGAUAGUCCUAUGGCAUUAUGCGAGGAAUCCAUGUUCUCGACCUUGUAUGGUCAUGGAAUUGACCGAGACCAUCUAUACACUGUCUCCAUGACACUCAAGAAAUGCACCAUGGCUAAUUGGCAAUUGAAGGAUCCGAAAAACAUGGUUGAAUUAUUUAAGCAGCUUGCUGAAAUGAAAACGAAACAAGUUUAA